GGGGAUCCCGGGGCAGCGGCGGCGGCAGCGGCGGCGGCGGGUCCCGGGGACGCCAUGGACAGGGUGGCCAGCUCCAUGAAGCAGGUGCCCAACCCGUUGCCCAAGGUGCUGAGCCGGCGCGGAGCGGGAGCGGGGCCCGAGGCGGCGGAGCGGGAGAGCUUCGAGCGGAGCCAGACAGUCAGCAUCAAUAAAGCUAUUAAUACCCAGGAAGUGGCCGUGAAGGAAAAACAUGCCAGGACAUGCAUCCUGGGAACCCAUCAUGAGAAAGGCGCACAGACCUUCUGGUCUGUCGUGAACCGUCUGCCACUCUCCAGCAACGCCGUGCUCUGCUGGAAGUUCUGUCACGUGUUCCACAAACUCCUCCGGGAUGGGCACCCCCAUGUCCUGAAAGACUCCUUGAGAUACAAAAAUGAAUUAAGUGACAUGAGCCGGAUGUGGGGUCACCUGAGCGAGGGCUAUGGACAGCUUUGCAGCAUCUACCUCCGACUGCUGAGAACCAAGAUGGAGUACCACACCAAGAACCCCCGAUUCCCAGGCAACCUCCAGAUGAGUGACCGACAGCUGGAUGAGGCAGGAGAGAGCGAUGUCAACAACUUUUUCCAGCUGACAGUUGAGAUGUUCGACUAUUUGGAGUGUGAGCUGAACCUCUUCCAAACUGUGUUCAGCUCCUUGGAUAUGUCACGCUCGGUGUCGGUGACAACAGCGGGGCAGUGCCGCCUGGCCCCCCUCAUCCAGGUCAUUCUGGACUGCAGCCACCUGUAUGAUUACACCGUCAAGCUCCUCUUCAAACUGCACUCCUGUCUUCCUGCUGACACCCUUCAGGGCCACCGGGACCGCUUCAUGGAGCAGUUCAAGAAGUUGAAAGAUCUCUUCUACCGCUCCAGCAACCUGCAGUACUUCAAGCGGCUCAUCCAGAUCCCUCAGCUUCCCGAGAACCCACCCAACUUCUUGCGGGCCUCAGCACUGUCAGAACACAUCAGCCCCGUGGUGGUCAUCCCAGUGGAGGCUUCCUCCCCGGACAGUGAGCCCAUCCUAGAGAAAGAUGACCUCAUGGAAAUGGAUGCCACUUCCCAGCAGCAGAAUUUCUUUGACAACAAGUUUGACGAUAUCUUUGGCAGCUCAUUUAGCAGCGAUCCUUUCAACUUCAACAAUCAGAAUGGCAUGAGGAGCAGAGAAAAGAAGGAUACCUUGAUUGAUCAUCUGUAUCGGGAGAUCAAUGGACUGAAGAAGGAGCUGGAGAACAUCAAGGCCGAGAAACACCUGGCAUUCCUGCAGCUGAAGGGUCGGAUCAGUGAGCUUGAGGCGGAGCUGGCCGAGCAGCAACACCUGCGGCAGCAGGCGGUCGAUGAAAGUGAAUUUCUCCGGGCUGAGCUGGAUGAACUCAACAAGAAACGGGAGGACACGGAGAAAGCGCAGCGGAGCCUCACAGAGAUCGAGAAGAAAGCCCAGACAAAUGAACAGCGUUACAGCAAACUGAAGGAGAAGUACACGGAGCUGGUUCAGAACCAUGCUGACCUGCUGCGGAAGAAUGCCGAAGUAGCCAAACAGGUGACUGUAAUGAGACAGGCCCAGGCCGACUUGCAGCGGGAGAAGAAAGAGCUGGAGGAUACCUUCCAUCGUACGAAUGAGCAGGCCCAGCGCAAGACUCAAGAACAGACAGAGGUCCUGGAGACUUUAAAGCAAGAACUUUCCAUCAGCAAACAUGAGUUCCAAGUCCUCCAAGGCACCCUGGAGACCUCUGCUCAGUCAGAGGCAAAGUGGAACAUGCAGGUUGAAGGCCUAGAGAAGGAGCGAACCAGCCUGGCGAGAAUCGCGUCUGAGAGGUAUGAAGAAAUCUCAUCCCUUCGGAACCAGCUGGAGCGAACACAGUCUGAGUUAACCAAUGCACAGGAAUCUACGCAUCAAAUUGCAAAGGACCAGAGGAAGUCAUUUCUCCUGAAAAUGGGGCAAGAGGCUGAGAAGAUGGUAAAGGAUGCACUGAGCCAGCUUGAGGACCCCAUCCUCAUCAGUUGUAGUAGGUCUGCAGAUCACCUCCUUUUCAAGACCAAUUCUGUUUUGAAAUGCAUCGACCAAGUGGAGGAGGCCCAGAACCAGUAUCUGACCUCUUCAGAUGAUGUCAGUGGACUGGUGCGAUCCAUAACCCUCUUGGCUCACCUGGUCAGUGACACCAUCCUCCAGGGCAGUGCCACCUGUCUGACAACCUCCUUGGAGCCUGCAGAGACGUUAACAGAUGCCUGUAAAGAGUGUGGCAGGGAAGCCCUGCUCUAUCUGUCUGCUCUGAAGGAAGAGGACAAUGUUGAGAAUGCAAAUAGCACGGCCAUGAGGAGCUGCCUCAGCAAGAUCACAGCCAUUGGCGAGGGGCUCAGACCCAGAGGCCUGGACAUUAGGCAGGAGGAGCUGGGUGACUUGGUGGACAAGGAGAUGGCUGCCACCUCAGCUGCUAUUGAAACAGCCACGGCCAGGAUAGAGGAGAUGCUCAACAAGUCCCGAGCUGGAGACACAGGGGUCAAACUGGAGGUAAACGAAAGGAUCCUCGGUUCCUGUACCAGCCUAAUGCAAGCUAUUCAGGUCCUCAUUGUAGCCUCCAAAGACCUUCAGAAGGAGAUAGUGGAAAGCGGCCGGGGUGCGGCCUCCCCCAAAGAGUUCUAUGCCAAGAAUUCACGGUGGACAGAAGGACUGAUCUCGGCCUCCAAAGCUGUUGGCUGGGGAGCCACAGUCAUGGUGGAUGCAGCUGAUCUGGUGUUUCAAGGGAAAGGGAAGUUUGAGGAGUUGAUGGUGUGUUCCCGCGAAAUUGCAGCCAGCACAGCACAGCUGGUGGCUGCUUCCAAGGUGAAAGCUGACAAGGACAGCACAAACCUGGCUCAGCUGCAACAGGCCUCUCGAGGGGUGAACCAGGCAACAGCAGUGGUGGUAGCAUCAACCAUGGCUGGGAAGUCGCAGAUUGAGGAGACAGAACACAUGGACUUCUCCAGCCUGACACUGACGCAAAUCAAACGUCAAGAGAUGGACUCCCAGGUAAAAGUGUUGGAACUGGAAAAUCAGCUGGAGAAAGAGCGGCAGAAGCUGGGCUAUCUGCGCAAAAAGCACUACGAGCUGGCUGGCGUCGCCGAGGGCUGGGAGGAUGAGCCGGGAGCAUCUCCACCUGCUGGGCCAGAAGCCACGUCAGAGAAGGACUAGAGGCCAGGCCACAGCCCGGUCGCCAGACUGUAAAUCCUUAUAACUCGUCUCUGUGCUUGUUGUGUGGCCGCUCCACUGCCCACCUGCCCAUGCUGCAGACUCGCCACCUCCCCCGGGGUUAGCCGAGCGGAGCCUUCCACAGAGCCCCUACACCCCAGCCCGCACUUUGAUGUGAAGCACACCGAGUAUACCCUCACUUCCAACCGACCGCUUGAGAUGCCGGCAGGCCUUUGCUAGCCAUUCUGGCCCCCAGGGAGCUGAGAGCUGCUGGGAAGGGAGCUUGCAGUGGACACGUCUCAGCCACAUGACUCACUUCAUCACCAUGCUCAUUUGUUUGCCCAGGGUUGGGGGGCUGGGACUGCAGGGAGGGGCCAAGCAAGAGACUCCAUCAGUACCCAUUCCCUUUUCUUCUCAGUCUUUUCUGUUUCAUCAUUUGCACAAACUGGGGAGCAUCUGAGGUGAAUCGCAAGCCGAGACGCUCUCCUGGAUCUGUCCACAGAGAAAAGGAUGGCAGGAGGGUCCUGACUGAGAAGGCCAGGCCAGUUCAUCCCCCUCCUUGGCAGUCUCAUGGAUUCCCCACUGCUUCUUAGAGUGGUCCGUUUCUUGUUUUGUUUUUGGAAAGUCAAUUCCUAUAGCCAACUUUCCUCAAGGGAGCCCCUCUGGAGCUCUUGGGACACAAAUGGGUCCCGGUACCAUAGUGGUUAAACAGUUAAUGGUGCUGCUUAGGCUUUUCCCUUGGUGCUUCACAUCCACCACAUCACUGGCCUCUGCUGGAGUGUGGAAUAGUCACAUCCACUUCCUGGAAGGGAAUAGCUUCCUCCUAAGGGGAAGGCAGGUUGAGUGCCUUGUGUUACUGUAGCUGGACCCCAGCUGACCCCCACGAUUCACCUCCACAUAUGUGGGGACCAUAGAAGAGGGGGGGAGGGAAGGGUCCAGUCCAGGUCCUUGGGGAACCAUCAUCUGUGGCAACAGCUCUUGAUCAGGCUCCAGAAACCCUGUGGUGCCCUCCUUGGAUGGGGAUACUCUAUGCAGAAAGUCCUUCCCUGGCCACCCCCAUGCUGGCCACUACCUGUCAUACCUGACCAGGUACCAAGGAGGAGGAGAUGAGGGAAAUCUUGUGGCUUUCUCCAAGUGAUCAGCCUUGUCAUCUACCCAAACUGAAGGUGGAUCAUGACCUUUUCCAACUAAUUCAGAAGCCCUGGUCACAGGGAAUCAAGCAAGCCAUCCACCAAAAAGGGUAGAGGCUCCUGUUUGGUGUCCAUCUCCUCCGGUCACUCUCACAGUGCCCUGUGCUAUUUAUAACUAACCAGCCAUAAGCAGCAAACACUCCAUGAAGAAAUGCUUGGAGUAAUCAGUGUCGGAGGUGACUGCAUCUGACUGCUGUUCCUUACCCAAAGAGCUUCAUGAACGUGAAAGAAAAAGGCAAGGAUACCAUCUUUGGACUCCUCACCAAAGAGGCUCCUCAGAACAUCUGGUUAAUUGUCCAGAAAUGGAAAGCAAAGGAGAUCGAGUACUGAUUCCUUUGUCCCUUCCUUUGACAAAGGCUGUACACUGACCAUGCCUUCUCUCUCCUCGUGAUGGGUUGAAGUGGCAAGCAUUAGCAGCCCCAAACAGGUAGUUGGACAGUGGCAAACACUUCUACCCAAGUAGAGUCUGCUACCCAAAAUUCAAAUGACUCUUGGAUCCUGGUAGUAGCAGCCAAGAAGCUUCCAGGAUGACCCAAGUCAGAGGAACAUAUAAGCCACAUUAUGGUAGAGCUUGGAAAGCCUGUUCAAUCACUGUGAGUCAGUGGAAGAGGGAAGCCACGGGGACCACUUCUGUGGUGGUUCCCAUGUGCUUUUGAAAAUUGGGGACAUUUUAAAAAUUAGAACUUAGUCUCUGUACCCAGAAGGACCAUGUUCUGUUCAAGGAGUCAGCCAUGAAAAUGAAGCACCUUUCUGCUUGACAUCGUCCCUCUCCAAAGACUUGAAGAGAUUUUGUGCUGUCACUGGGCCAAGUGUAUAGGGCAGGAUUUCACCAAGUGGUUUGUCCUCAUUUCAGUGCCCCUCAAAGGCAUUAGGUCCAAACUCUCAUGCUUUCUUUUAAUAGAAGCAACAGAGAGAAUGGCUUUGGACAAGGCUAACCCCAUAGACUGAAGGCCAUCCCUCUAAAAAUUAACUGAGAUCACUUUGAAAGCUCCUAUGAAUUUUGCUGAGUAGCAGUGGUGAUUACACGGAGGGGCUAGUUUAUAUAGUUAGGCUCAUCUGGAUUUACACGAGGGAAGUACCUUGUGAGAUGUGCAAAUUUAGAGACAUCUCCACUCCAAAUGUUCAUAUGAACUAUUUGGGCCUGACUUGUGGUAGAGCCUUCUGAGCUCAUAUCGGUCUGGUCAGACACAGGUAGACACACUGUACCUUGAUCCCAACAUAGUGAUAUCAUUUUGGUCCUCUUUGAGGAUGAAGGACAACCAACCAACCAAGGGAUGCUGAUAUGAAACUAUUUUCUAAAAGCCCCAAGAAAAAGGAUGUCAGCCAGUGUAGAAUGUCAGGCAUCCUGCUCACUCUAAAAAUGGAGUGUGAGCACACAGGGGAUGCCUUUGAUUGGAAUAUCUAAAAGCUUUCAUGGCGGAGUGAACUUCACUGACUGUUACUAAACUGCCGAACAUGGUUAGGUGAACAAGGAUCUAUGAGCCAUGGGUAAGUGUAGAGGUGCUCUUGGGAUGGGAAUUCAUCAGUCUGAUCAGGCUAGUGACUGAAGAAUGGAUGUUGUAGAGUACACGUGUGUGCACCGUGAAAAGAAGAACACGGAAGAGCGUCCUUCUGUAGCAGUGUGGGGGUGAUCUGCUCUGCAAUUAAUUACUUUUCAGCAAAGAUAAACUUUCUCAUUUAGAUUAGAUGUUGAUGGUUCUGCCCAGAUUUCCCAGUCCUCCAUCUGAAACAUGUAGUUAGGGCUGUGACUUUAGACCCAAAGCUGGCGUGGCCACGUGUCGACCCAAGCUUCUCAUCUUGGAAUUGUUUGAGGUUCCAGACUGAGCACUUGGCUUCAGAGGAAUAGCUCUCACAUCAGCCAUGCCAGUUACCAUCGGCCUUUCCAGCUCCCAGCCCAGAGAAACGCUUACCUCCUGGCCAGCACCUAACCCCGCGGGAGCCCGGUGUCUCUGCCCUGCCCUGAUCUUCCCCAUGCUUUGUUGCCGUUACCUUUCCAAAUCAAUCAGAAAAACCUUGCUGCUGAUAAAGCCUUUGGUCCCCACGUUGGCCUUCCAGCGGAGGCCUCUCUGGCUCCGUUGUCUCCAACCCUCCUAAAGCCCACACUGCCUAUUGCAGAAGGUGAUAUAACACUAUGGGUCUGCCAGAUUCUUUGUCUCUCACACAAACCCAGCAAAUCUUUCCAGCUAUUUGCAGAGGACUUCCAUUAUUUCCCAGGUCCAAACCACCACCCACUGUUGUGGUACGCUGCCUUUCACCCCAGGAGCCAAAGCAAUACAGAAGAUCUAUUGGUUACUGCUGGGCCCAGUGCUGAGAGCAGUGUACCCAUGUAUCCAGACCCACUGUCUUUCAGGUGACCCUUAACUACCUCAGGUUUGAAGGCCCUAGAUUAAGCUGGUUACUACUCACAAGGGACAAACCGAGGGGGUUCAGAUAAAUCUUUGUGAUAACUCAAUUUUGUCUCGAUCCUAUAACUUUUUCUCAUCUAUUUUGGUUUUGGGAAGAUGGGAAUUUUUUCCUUUUAUUUUUUAACCUUUACCCAGAUGUCCAUUAGAAGUAUUCCUGUAAAUUAAGUUGAUUUAUCACUCUGAGUGCCUACCUUCCCAGGGCAGGUGGCCACUGGCAUUUGGUUUCUUUCAAACAAGAUUUUUGAUUAUUAUAGUAUAAAGAUCUUUCUUUGUAUAA